GUGGUCCCUUUGUGUCACUGUCAAUAAUUCUGCUUGUGAGUUUUUCUGUCAGAUGGCGGUAUUUAUAGGUUGUUUUUUUGCAGGAAAUGUUUCAAUAAAAUACUAGAUAUUUCGGUUUUAAACAAUAAUACUAAAGCCAUGAUCAGAGCGGGACUUCAACGUCUUGCCAGUGUGUUCAAUAGUCAAGGUGGAAUUAUCUCUCGAUUUAUUACACAAAAUGCUCCAGCCCAGCACAGACCUGCUGAGGAAACAACUAAAGAUGUAAUAUCAACUUGUAACAAAUUAAUUCAAGAAAAAUCCCAUCGCAAUUUUGCUAUAGUACACUUACUUGGUAAACAAUGGCGUGUUACGGACGGCGAUUUACUGGUUGUAGAAGGGUACUGGCCACCCAAUAUUGGGGAUAAAAUUACAUUGGACAAAGUUUUAUUAGCUGCGUCUAAAGAUUUUUCUCUAAUUGGCCGACCACUGGUCCAGCCUGGAUUGGUAACGGUGACUGCAACAAUUAUAUCCAAAGGCCUAUCUCACACCAAAACACAUUUCAAAAAGAAGAGGAGGAAGCAGUUCAUGAGAAUAAACUUUCAAAGAUCCCAACAAACUAUGCUGCGAAUAAACUCUGUAGAUAUAAAGAAUAGUAUUAAUUCAGCUCCGAAGAAUGUAUUUUAGUUAGUUACUUAUUAAUAGUAGUAAAAAUAUUGGAACCAAAA